GACGUACCAUUUGAAAGAAACAGCAAAUUUUACAUUGAUCAUUUUGAAAAAAAAACACUUUUCGUUUCGAUUUUGUGUUUCAUAUUUUAUUUGUUUGGAUGAAAUGGAUCGCCUCAAGCCAGAUGUGUGGGAUGAUGAUACACGGAUGAAUGUUUUGUUUUCACCUUUUCGUGAAAAAGAUUUGAAUCCUUCUUCGUGGAAUCAGAAAAUGAAGUUUUGGAUCCAAAUCAUUGAGGACGAACACAAACUCACCAACAAAUGCAUCAUUGAAGGAAAAUAUUUACCACAAAUGUUUAAAAGAAAAGGGAAAAUACCUACUUGUAUAGAAACUGUACUUUCGGAAAUGCUAAGUCUCGGAAAGAUUCGAAAACUACAAAACUGUGACAUUCUUCAACCUCCAUCUGGUUCUGGUCGGAAAGGCUGGUUGACCUGGGGAUAUGACACUCUUGUGAAGUCUCCGAUUUCAUGGGGUUGGAAAACGCUGACAAAAGAAAGUUCAGAGGAGGAUAAUCCUAGAUACAUCCUUGAGAGCUGCUUGAAUGAUCAGUGCUCCAAAGUAUUGGAAAGGCUGCAGUGCCAGAUGUAUUGUGACAUUGUAAACAGCAUCAUGGAGUACUCGGAAGUGUACAGUCAAUGUGGAGACCUCUGUUCCUCAGAACUGGAAUUUAAGGUGGUGAUACAACAGCUUGUUAAAGAAAGAAAAGCUGUGAUUAGCACAGAAGAAGACAGUGUGAUUAUCAAAUUCUGCUCACAAAAUGAUGAUAAAGUAAAGAAUAUCACAGGAGAGGACUUGAAAAUUUUCAGAAUUAAAAAGACUUCAAGUGCACUAAUGAGUAAAAUGGAAACACUGUCAUUUGUUGGAGAAAGAUUGAAAAAAGAAGCCAUUCAAUACAGAAACAAAAGCAUGAAGCAACAUUCUUUGAGAACAUUCAAGCAGUACAAGAGAGUCCAGGACAGGAUUUCAAAGUUGUCGAAUUCCAUUGAUCUCCUUGAUGAUAUCUUACACAGAAUAGGCCAUGCUGCAUCUGAAGAAAUGGUUGUUAAGGCAAUUGAAAGUGGGGCCCAGGCACUGAAAGGCAUCAACGAGAAAAAUGACUUGGACAAAGUUAGUGAUGUCAUGGAUGACCUCAAUCAGGCAAUGCAAGAUCAAGAGGAAAUUCAGUCUGAAAUAAGCAGAAUUGACCAUGAGGAAGAGGAGUCACUGGAAGCUAGUCUUGAGAGUCUCUUACUGGAAGAUGGUAAAUCAGCAGUGGGUGAUCAGCAAGUGGAUGGAAGAAAACAAGCCUCCAGUGAGGAUGAACUCUCAGACCUCCUUGCUGGUCUUAAGCUACCAGACGUUCCCACUUUCUCACCAGGAAAGUCCAAGGAAUUCAGUGAAAUGGAAUCACAGAGUGAGAUAUUUGUUCCUGAUCUUUCUCCAUCUGACAAACUUAAAAGAAGCAAAGAAGCUGUAUAAUGGCGAUGGAGUGAUUUCAAAUCCCAUGUCUUUCAUUGAACAUCAUUUUACAAUUCAUAGUUUUAUCAUACUGUAUUUGAGCGGACAAUGCAUUAGCAGUUAUUUUUAUCAUAUGAAAUACAUCAUAUAUCAUAAAUUAUGUGUACAUUGACUUAAUAAAAGUAUAUUGAUUAAUGAAUAAAUCUGUUGUUAUUCCAAAAAUAAAUCAAAC